ACUAAACGGCAUCGUUUCAGCUCGCAAAAUCUACUUGUUUGGGGAUCAAAUUUCAUUAGUUCUCCUUGUUUCAGAAUUUGCAAUUCGAAAUUGGGAGCUCCGACUCAAAAUCACCGGACGUAGUUUUCCGAUCAUCACCCGAGAAAAAACUGAUAUAAUCGCCGGAAAGCUUGCAGGUGAAAAACAGUCAACAUGCCGGCCACCGCAGGUAGAGUUCGCAUGCCUGCGAACAAUAGGGUACACAGUAGUGCAGCCCUACAGACGCACGGCAUCUGGCAAAGUGCUAUCGGUUAUGACCCAUAUGCUCCUAGCAAGGAUGAAGACAAGAAAUCAUCUAACCAGAAGCCAUCGUCGGCUGCAGAUCCCGAAAAUGCUUAUGCAAGCUUUCAGGGUUUGCUUGCACUUGCUCGAAUCACUGGAUCAAAUGCUGAUGAGACCCGUGGAGCAUGCAAGAGGUGUGGGCGGGUUGGCCACCUCACUUUCCAAUGUAGGAAUUUCGUGAGUGUUAAGGAUGAUAACAAGGAUAAGGAUGCAGAUGCAAUUGAAGCUGCCGUGUUGUCUGGAUUGGAGAAGAUUAAGGGGCAUGGUUCUAAGAUGAAGGGGAAAGCAGAAAACGAGGAUAGCAGUGAAGAAGAGGAGGAGAGUGAGAGUUCUGAUUCUGAUUAUGAUUCUGAAAUGGAGAGGGCAAUUGCUGAGAAGUAUGGUAAGAAGGUGAGUAGAAAGUUAAAAUCAUCAUCUAAGAAGCACAAAAAGAAAGAUUCUGAUUCUGAUGACGAGUCAGACUCUGGAAAAAGGAAAAAGAGGGGUAGAUCAAAGAGGAGGAGGAGUGGGAAGAAGAGGGGACACAGUGAUUCAGAGGAUGAUGAUGAAGAUAAGGAGCGUAGGAAGAGGAGGAGGGAAAAGAGGAGGAAACGGGAUGACUCAUCAGAUGAGGAGGAGGAUCGUCGGAGGAGGAGAAAAAGUAGGAAGGAGAAGAGGAGGAGGAGAAGUCAUAGACAUGCGGACAGUUCUGCUGAAUCAAGUGAUGAAUCGCCUCCAAGGCACAAGCGUAGGAGCAGGAGAGCAGCAGCCUCAGCAUCUGAUUCUGACGCCAGCAACUCUGAUGAUGCACGAGUAGGCAGGGACAAAAAACGUUCUGAGAAGAGGAGCAGGAAACGUCAUGAUGAUGAAGAGUAGUAAUGUACCCCUGAAAGGAGAUUUAUCAUCUACUAUCUGGAUUGCAGGUCCAUUUCUUUCUAUGGAACUUGCUUAUCUAGGAAUUCUGUGUAUUUGUCAUUGUCUAUUUUCAUCUUUUGCCUCAACAAAUAUUCGUCUGCUUGUAAUUUUCCCUUCAUGGUCCUGAGUAUUGUUCAACUGAUGUUGCAGUACUGCAUCAGUUAUUCAGGAUAUUGCUAUCCUUGUUGAACUUGCAUCAUGUUAUCCUUUUGAAGGUUUUGUGGAGUUAUUAGUUACAAUCCGCAACUUGUGCAACUUCAUAGGGUGGUAUUAGUUGAACUGAUAUACGAGCCCUAUAUUUACUAUAUUUAUCAACAUCAUGUGUUAAAAAUUUCAA